GUGACACUGUCCUGAUGAUCCUUGUUUUCAAGUUUUUAUUUGCUUUUCUUUUGGGUUUAAAAAUUAAUAUAGAAUGUUAGGAAAUUUAAAAGAUUUCAUUUCAGUCGUGCAAGAUGGCUUAAGUUCGAGUAACAAUCUGCGGCAGACAUUACAAGAGGUUCAGAAGGUGACAAAUAUAUUUAAAGAAAAACAAAAAACAUCGACUGAAAGUAGAGUUAACUUUGGAGCAGGGGGUGCCUUAUUAGAAAAAUACCAAGAACAAUGGGCUGAACUGCAUGAAAACGCCGAUAACAACGCAAAAGCAGCCGAGGAGGUCGAUAAAUUAAUUCUUCAAUUGCAUGAAAUUUCAAAGAAACGUUUAAAAACAGCUACAGAGUUGGCUAACAAUAUCGGUCACUUGCCUACCUUAACAGCAAAUGUAGCUCAAUGUAUGGACAGUUUAAAGAAUGUACAAAUUUUAUUAAAAGAUGUGGAAGAACAAUUGAUAGAUUUUGAAGACAUUGUUGAAAGGUCAAAUAUGGAGAAAUGGAAACUUGAUCAUCAUUACGAAUUAAGUCUUUACAAGAAAAAGAAAAUGGUCCAAUUAGAAGAAACAAGAACGAGACUAGCCAAAGAAAAUGAGGAACGUAAUAAUGAGCUAGAGCGGCAACAGUUAGCCGAGUUGCAAGUUAAGAGAGAGAACAGUGCUGCUGCAUUCCAAAGUGAUGUAGCAAGAUAUUUGACUAGCGGGAGCUUACCUACAAGUACUGGCCAACAGCCUCCAUCUACAACCCUUGAACAAAUUGAACUAGAUGUUGACCAAACUGACUUAGAAAAGUUCCUUGAAGAAACUUGAUGUAAACAAAUUAUUAUUUUAGUGAUAAUGACAGAGCUUUUAUAGUUUUAGAUAUUUUAUCAACCGUUGAUCAACUUGUUGCUAAUGUUAAACCAAUCGGGAACAAAUUAAAAACACCAAAUAUAACAAAUCCAUAUAAAAAUGUAUUUUUUUUCAUGACUAAACAUCUAAGCAAUUUUUAGUGUCAACAUUUUCAUCAACUGAAAUUGUUUUCUUAAUAUCGAGUAAAGACAAAUACAAAAAUAUAUAUACAAACUAUUUAUGACUAGUAAAAGUACAUUUUGUUGAGAUCACUCGCUUCAAAAUCGUUACACUACACCCACAUGAACACAUUGUAAAAAAUGAGUAUCAAAAAUGUCUCGACUACUAAAAGCCAACGUUGGACGCUAACAUUGUUCACGUUCACGGGAAAUUUUCAAACGGUGUCGACUUUUGGUAGCCCAAGACGCUAUUACCAUGAUUCGUUGAUAUUUCUAAGUUUUUCGCAUGAUCGGAUGCAAGUCGCCAGCACCGUGGGCGGACAUCUUUACUUUCCCAGAGAUAUGGUUUUUGAUACAGGGACCGGCGUCUUUUAUAGAACCUGGCGGUUCUUCUAAAUCUUCAUCAGAGGAAAAAUCCGAAACGCAAGAGGACAGGUGCCUCUUUUUCGGAGGCAUCAAGUGUAACGUCCAUCGCAUUGCGCCUUUAUGAUUCGUUUUGUUGUUUCUGGAUUCAUUAUCUGUAUCGGAUGCUGCUCUUUGCGAGUCGCUUUUAAUAUUCCUUGCUGUUUUAGAAGGCCGGUGGCUUUGUUCUUUUUUCUCCCCCCUCGGGGGGGCGUGGCAGUUUUUUAAAUUCGUUACGCUACUGGUGUGGCCUCUAGCGUUGAGAUCGGGAAAAUUUUGCGAAUAUAUAACAACGCUAUCAACGGACUUUUCUUUAGGAAAUUUUGGAGAUUGCUUUUUAUUAUUCGCGUCAACAUCUGCUAUUGACGACGUCUUUUUCUCCGCAGAAUUACCGCUGCUACAACUAGUGUUACUAUUGCUGGUGCUGUAUUGUUCAACCGCUUCUUUUUCCAACUCUUGAAAUUUCGAAUCUAUACUUUCGUCGGAACCUUUGUAUUGUUCUAAGGCUUCUUUUUCAAGUUCUUCAAAUUUAUUGUCAACGUUGGACGUUCUGAGGCGGGUUUGUAGAACGAUUUUAGGGUUUAAUUUUAAAAUACCGGGCGUGACGAGUUUUUGAGAUAGUCUAAUGCAUCCUGCUGUUAAGUUGAUUGGUGGAGGUGCGCUCAUGCUGAGAACGGUACUGUAUAAUCUUUUCGUUCUCAUUUCAUUUUCCGUUGGUGUAGUACUCGUCGAUGCGACCUGACCAUCUUCGACAAUUUUUUCUGUCUGUGUAUUUUUCGGGAUUUCUUGUUUUUCAUCUUUAUUAUUAUGUUCUAUUUGUGGUUCAUCGUUAUCCUCUGUUCGUUCUUCAACUUUUGAAUCAUUAUCGUCUUUUUCCUCUAAAGUUUUCUGUGUUACAACAUUCUGGGGUUGAGGUUUAGGGUAUUUUUGUUCCUGUCUGGCCGCUAAAUGUUCACGCGGCCACCAUAUACUGCAUCGUCUGUCUGUACAGCGUAAAGGUCUUUGUCCUGUGGGCGCGUAUCGGCUUACAUUCGUGCCGCGGUAGAGGGGACACCGAGCCGCUGUGGCUCGCAUUAGUGCCUGCAUGCUCGCUGAAUAGCGGCUUAUUGCGCGUUGACAGUCUGUCAAUUGUGGCGGUCUAGGUGUCUCGAAAUGGAACUGAAAAUAAAAAUAUUACUGAUGUA